UGAGGUUAUGAUGCGGGCCCGCGUUCGGUGCGCCUCUUGCGGAAAUUCGUGUGAAGAGUGUCGCUGGAAUGGCGCGCGCUUUUAUAUUUCCCUCCAAUUUCUCUCCUUUCCAGGCACAGAAUAAUGAACGUUCUCCGGAGAUGUAGCAGAGUACUUUAUCCCACACUGCGCCAGAGAUGGAUACACACUGCGCUCUUGUCCAGCGGAAGAGCCGAAGUCACUAUGACGCCCGAAGAUCAUCUGAUGAGCAGCAUCAAGUAUGCCACGAGCACCGUGGAGCUGCUCGGUGUCGCGGCGAGGCAGAAGAAAGACAUGCAAUCCUCCCACGUCAUGCAGACGCUCAAGACACUCUUUGUGCUGCAGAAGAACGGAAACUCUCGCCUCAGCACCGAUGAGAUUCUGCGCCACCCAGAGUUUGAGACUCUGUGCAGAGCCUUGAGAAGGCACGUCAGAAAUCUUGAUCUCAACGAUGCCAUCGACGCGCUGAAGGUGAUGGUCUUCCUCAAAGUGCCCACGAAGAGUGAAAUCAUUCACAUCCUCCUCAACCUCGUGCGCCAUCAGAUCAACGACAUCGAGCUGGGACAGAUUGUGUUCCUGGACUUCCUGCUGGAUCGAUGCGAUAAGACGCCGAUCGUGGAGGCGUUCAGGAUGGCGCUGCCGAUGCUCUUCCAGAUCAACGUGGGCUCGAAGCUCGAUCACGAGAAUGUGCCUCAGCUGGCUGAGCUGCUGAGCUUCGCCGUGAGGCACGACUGCUCGGACAAGAGCAUCCAGAACAUCGUCAGCGCCCUGACGCUUCACGGGGAAAACAUUGACGUGGAGCCGGCGAAAAGUAUCGUGUGGUCGCUGAGUGAUCUGAAGCGAUUCCACGCGUCACACGAGAGACUCCUGCAGAACAGCCUGAAGAUUCUGAUCCGAGAUCUGCACGAUGUAAAGUUCAGCGACAUCGAGAUCGUCCUCACGAAGGUGACACAGAAAGUGGUGAACAAAGUGUCCGUUUUCUACAACGAGGAGUUCUUCGAGAAAGUCAUCGACGUGGCCAUCGAGCGCGAUAUUUCCUUCCACCUCAAUCUGUUCCUCUUCAAGAAGUUCAACAAGAUCAGCUACACCAGCGACAGACUCCUGGACAUCAUCGCGAAGAAGUUCACUGAGGUGGAAAACGACUCGCCGUCAAUCAUCUUCACGAUGGUCUCGGCGUUCUCCAUGGCCAAUUACACGCCCAUGAACUGGGACACCAUCAGCCAAUCCAUCGCCCGGAGCAGGCUGCUGCGCAAGCCCUCAAACACGCUGCCCUGGCUCAAGUUCGCCCUCGAGUUCAUGUCGCUCAACACGUACAGCGAGAGCCUGCUGGAGGCGAUCUUCGCCGAAGACUUCCUCACCGCAUUCCUGGUCAGAUCCAACAAUCAGCUUGAUCAUGUGCAGCUCCUGAGUCUCCAUCAGAUGCUCACGAUUCUGCAUCCCGAGUACUCCGGACCUCUGCCCAGUCGCAAGUACCUCGAUCGCGCCAUCGAGAUCUUGCUCAGCAAGGAAGCGUCGCCUCUCCAGGAGCCCCUGAAGUACGCCUUCGGGCGUGAAUUCGUAGCCAACAAGGUCGUGACCAGACAUGGACACGUCCUUGACCACCUAGUCGUCUUCGACGCGGAGGGAAAUCCCCUGCCAGUGGCCGAUGAGGGCCCGGAGUCAUCCAAUCUGGAAGACUUCCUGGGCGAGGGCAGGAAACUCGUGGCUGUCAUUCCGCUCACAGCCAAUUGCUACAGCGUCAACACAUCCCGCCUCAAGGGAGUCAUCCAGACGUGGCUGGACACACUGUCAGCGCUCGGCCUGCGGACUCUGCCCGUGAACCUCGACGCCUGGGCGCUGCUGGCCGAUCUCGAGAAGAUUCCCUACCUGCAGCGCGAAAUCCGCCACAGCGCGCGAUGAAUCGCCAGUCGAUGUUAGAAUAAAAAGAACUUAGAUAAGCUU